AUGAUCACCCGCGAGGCUCUUCUGCUCAGUCUGGAGUCUCUCAAGGAAUCCAGUUCCGCCUUUCCGCCUCUCGAGAGUGCUGUCGGCGGCGUCCUCAAGCUCGUCAAUACCUACGAGACCAUGACGCAGAAUCAGGACGAUAUACGGAACUUCCGAGUCCGCGUCGACACCAUCCAGGACAGCUUGGUCAAGGUGUUCGGCUCUGACGAGUCGUAUGUCCGCCACCUCACGACGACGCAACACCAAGCAUUGGAGGCGUUUGAUAGAUCUAUACAGCGCAUCGUACAGGACCUUGACGACCUUGCCUCGACUGGUGAAGGCCGGUUUCGGCGCUUCGUCCUUGCGCGUAGACAUCGGUCCCAAUUUUUGGAGCUCCUGGCAAGGCUGUCCGAUGCGGAUAACGACUUCCGUAGAUCCCUCGAGCUCGACAUUCAUCAUGGAGUUCACAAGAUAGGAUUGAUGGCCGCUGCUCAUCACUCCCUUGUCGAAGCUCAUCAUUCUGUCGUUGAAGAACACCUUCACGCUGUCAAGACGACACUCGCUCAUUUUGAGUCAAGUCCAGAUCGGCGCGUCAACGGCAUAUACCUUUCUCUACCCGAUUCAAUCGGUUUAUUUGCGGUGGCCCGCUCGUGA